UUUGGGAAAAGACAAAAAUGAGUGUCUCUAAAACUCCAGUGGCCUCUGGUGGACAUGAACUUGAGGGACGAUCAAGAUUCGCAAAACUUGGAAUGGCAACAAACGAUGUGUUAAAUCAGGCAUACAGAGAUAUACUAGAGAUGGAAGUUCCUCCAAUCGAUAUUGAAAAGAAAGCUAAAGCAUCACCAGCUUACAAAAGAUUGCGCCCAGAGCAAGAACAACUCUUGCUAGAUGCUAAGCAUUCAGGAUAUAAGAACUUUGACAUUUCUUUAACAUACACAUUAAUCCGAAACAUUUGUUCAAAGAUCCCUAAGCCAACAAAAGGAAAAUGGGGAGAAGAGCCUGCAGCAGGAGAGGUGACAGUGGGUGACGAUAUCGAGAGAAUUAGGUCAAUCCGAAACGGCUUGACUGCACACGUGAGUUCAGCCUCCAUCUCUCAGACAGAAUUCGAUGACACUUGGACAACGAUGUCGGAUAUCUGCCAAAGAUUGGAAACCUUCACUGGGAAGAAAUACUUGGACAACCUUAAUAGCAUUUAUAAACUGACUUUAAAAGAAGGAGGUGAAGAUGCAAUUAAAGCUAUUAUAGAAAAGUUUGUCAAGGAUCAACAUGAACAACAUAAACUGUUGGUCAAGGAUCAACACGAACAACGUGAACUGUUGAAGACAGUCGUAUCAGAUGUUCAAGAAUUAAAAUCUCAAAUGAGGACAUUAAAACGAAUUUGAAGAAUUGAACCAUUCAGAAAUAAUAAUUUUUACUCAUAGAAUGUUUUCAGUACUAGUAAAUAAUGAAUUCUUUAACACCUGGUUGAAGAUAUUGAAAGAGUCAUUGGUUAAAGUCUUUGGAUAAGCUUAAUUAUAAUUACAAACUGGAUAUGAAACAUGUGGAUAUAUGAGGAAUUUGAUAUUUCAUUAACACACAAGUUGAAAAGAAACAUUUGUUCAAAGAUCCGUUAACCAACAAAAGAAAAGUGGGGAAAAGAGCCAGCAGCAUGAGAGGUGACAGUGGGUGACGAUAUCCAGAGAAUUAGGUCAAUCCGAAAUAGAUUGACUGCUCUCGGACAGAAUCCAAUAACACUCUGUCGACAAUGUCGGAUAUCUGCCAAAGAUUCACUGGAAAAAAGGACUUGGAUAACAUUAAUACCAUUUAUAAUGGCUUUAGAUGUAGAUGCUAUUUCAGCAAUCAUAGAAAAAUUGAAACAACAUGAUAUGUUGGAGAAAUUCAUGUCCAGUAUGCAAAAAUUAAUGUCAGAUAAGUUAGAUGUGAAAAAUUUAAAUCAAAAUUGAUGCUGACAGGCAGUGCUGCCCAAAGUCAACUUUUUAUGCAUCGAACAUAUGCAGAGUGACUUUAACUUUUACAAAAUUGAAAAUCAGUUUUUAUCAAGUGUGAAGCAAUAUAGAAAUCAUGAUUUUUAUCCCUGAAAAAUCAAAAUUUUAGAAAGAGACUAGUAGUCACUACGAAAAUGCUUAUGAUAUUUGGUUCAUAACUUAAUAUAUGUUUUGUAUUCCUUUAGGAUAACCUUUCUGUUUAUAGAGUUUCAAUAGUUUCGCACCUAUAGACAGCCUUUAGAAUCGUGCACUGAGGUACUUUUAGGAUUAAACAGGAUUUACUUCCCCUCUGACUUUAAUUAAUUGACGCAGUUGGAUGGCUCCCAUUUAUAAAAUGGAUGAUUAAAUUUGUUCUGGAUGGGGAACUGUUUGAUAAUGACGAAUAAGGACGGACUUACCGAAAAGCAUUCCACUGGGAUUACAAUUAUCAUGGUGCUCAAAACAUUGAACCUAAUGUGAGAAACUGGACAUUUUAUGUGCUUCUUAGCCAGCUAUUACUAGAUAUUAAAGAAAUUGAAAGGAAGCUAUGCAAAUAAACCCAGAAAAUAUGGAAAGAAGGCUUACCAAAAUAAAGGACAGAUCUAUUUAACAUUUUUAACGAAACAUGAGCUCGGCGUCCAACCCUCAGAUAAAAUUCAAUGACAGUGGGCCUUGUGCAUAUGAAUUCUGUGCAGUCGCUAUUUUUAUGGAAUAUCACCCGUAGUCAAGGAAUGUUACCGUUGCUAGGUUGGAGAUAAUGGCUUCAUCGUUAAUCGGAUAAUAGUGCUUUUAACAAAUGUAUAGCAUUUAAUCAAAAAAAUCAAUCAAUUUACAUGAAAGGAUAAUGUUAUAGAAUUGUUAAAAUCCAAACAGGUUUAGAGACAAUCCAAUGAAAUGUCCAAGAAGUAAAACUGUAAUCAACCGUAAUAAAGGAGCUACAGAUUAGGAGCUCAUUGAAUAUUGUGUAGAAUAUUAAAGAAUUGCUUGUUUUACUUAAUCUUAUAAGAAUGGAGAGUGCUGGAGAGUUCAUUUUAUGUGAAUGCAUGUGUAUGCUAUACUGCUUGUACCUAUUUUAGAGUAGCUGCAAAAGUUCAAAUUUGUAUGGAAGUGUCGGACAAGAAGGGAAUAUGUUCAUUCACAAUUGCAUAUUUUAUUUAAAACACAGAU